AUGACACCUCAACUUGAUUUCUGCACAGUUUCAGAUUCAUAUCGCUGGCUUGAAGAUCCAGACUCAGAAGAGACCAAGGCAUUUGUGGAUGCUCAAAAUGAAAUAGCAAUACCAUACCUUGAGAAAUGCAAGAAUCGGCAAGAUUUGCAGAAAAGAUUGAAGGAGCUUUGGAACUAUCCCAAGUACAGCUGUCCAUUUAGGCGUGGACAUCGGUACUUCUAUUACCUCAAUACUGGUCUACAGAACCAAAGUGUUCUCUAUGUGCAGGAGUCUAUGAAUGCUGAGGCAGAGGUGUUCCUGGACGCUAACACGCUAUCUCAUGAUGGCACUGUGUCAUUGCGUGGUACUGCCUUUUCUGAGGAUGGCCGCUACUUUGCAUAUGGGCUAAGUGAGAGUGGGUCGGACUGGGUCAAAAUAAAGUUUAUGGAUGUUGAAAAUAGGAAGGAGCUUCCAGAUACUUUGCAUUAUGUGAAGUUCUCAAGCAUGGCAUGGACCCAUGAUAACAAAGGUCUAUUCUACAAUCGCUACCCUAAACUCGACAACAAGGGCGAUGGUACAGAGACGGAUUCGAACGUUAACCAGCAGCUGUACUAUCACAGGAUUGGUACGGAGCAGGAAGCAGAUCCACUAUGCAUGGAGUGGCCCAGCGAGCCAAAGUGGAUGACGGGCGCUGAGGUGAGCCACUGCGGUCGUUACGUCGUCGUCACGGUGAGACGAGGCUGCGAUCCCGUCAACAUGCUCUACUACACCGACCUACAGGGUCUCACCGACGGCAUCACCGGUAUGCUGCCAUUGGUUACUGUAGUGGAUAACUUUGAUGCUGAAUAUGAGUACAUCACAAAUGAAGGCACAGUAUGCACUUUCAAGACCAAUUUGAAAUCUCCAAACUAUAAGUUGAUAAACAUCGAUUUCAACAACUUAGGAAUGGAUAACUGGGUAGACCUGAUACCGGAGCAUAGCAAUGAUGUACUGGAAUGGGCUACAUGUGUCAAUGGCAAUGUCCUUGUUCUGUGUUAUAUUGAAGAUGUCAAGAAUGCUGUCUACCUUCAUGAUCUAGAAACUGGCAAACAACUGAAGAAAUUGCCACUGGAUGUUGGUGCAGUGACAGGCUACUCUGGAAAGAAGGAUCACAAUGAGAUGUUUUAUUACUUCACGUCGUUUUUGACUCCUGGAACGAUCUUCCACUAUGACUUCUCUGAGACAAAUCCAGUACCAAAGGUAUUUCGUGAGAUAGAGACGCAAGGAUUUGAUGCACACCAGUACGAGACAAAGCAGGUCUUCUUCCCCAGCAAGGAUGGCACCAAGAUUCCCAUGUUCAUAGUACACCGCAAGGGCAUCGUGCUGGACGGCUCGCAUCCCGUGCUCAUGUACGGCUACGGAGGCUUCAACAUCGCGCUGCUUCCCUACUUCAGCGUCUCGCGCAUCGUCUUCAUGCAGAACCUCAGCGGCGUCUUCGCCCUCGUCAACCUGCGUGGCGGCGGGGAAUAUGGGGAAACCUGGCACCAGGGAGGCAUGCUGGGAAACAAGCAGAACGUGUUCGAUGACUUUCACGCAGCAGCGGAGCAUCUGGUGGAGCAGAAAUACACCACUCCCUCAAGGUUAACAAUCAUGGGUGGCUCCAAUGGAGGCCUUCUCGUUGGGGCCUGUGCUAACCAGAGGCCUGAGUUGUAUGGAGUUGUCAUCGCUCAAGUAGGAGUUAUGGACAUGCUGCGGUUUCAUAAAUUCACGAUCGGCCACGCGUGGACCUCGGAUUUCGGCAGCUCGGAGAUUGAGGAGCAGUUCAAAUGGCAAAUAAAGUACUCCCCAUUACAUAAUAUAGCAGUACCAAAGGAUGGCAUUCAGUAUCCUGCUAUGUUAUUGUUGAGUGGCGACCACGAUGAUCGUGUUGUGCCCUUGCAUUCUCUUAAGUACAUUGCUGAGGUGCAAAAGGUUGUUGGCAAAGUUCCAAAGCAGACGAACCCAUUAUUAAUCAGAGUGGACACCAAGUCUGGUCAUGGUGGUGGCAAGCCAACUGCCAAAACCAUCGAGGAGAUGGCGGAGAUCUACGCAUUCAUCUCAGAGAACCUGCAGCUACAAUGGCACGAGUGAAGUGCAGUAGCCAGGCUGACCACAGAGCCACAUGGAGGCAGGCAGCGCCACACUUGCCGUGCUUGCCGUGUGCUGAACAAGUUUACUCGAUCUCAGUCAGACUCAGCAUGUCUGAACAUGUGUUGCAUCUUUUAUAGUCACAGUCUGUGUGGGUUGUACAGUUUUGUGACCAUUCUCAGUUUGCGUAUGAACAGAUCCCAAUAGCAAAUGUUUGUGAAGUGACUCAUUCAGACCGUAAUUUAUGGAAAAUGGUAUAAGCUAGCAAACAUUUGGUAAAUUUUAAACAUAGAGGUUCUAUACAGGCAUUAGAAAUUAAUCAACCCAAAUACGCUGUGAGGUGCUUUGCAUUUUGAAGUGUGGCAUGUUGAUGUACUGAAAUAAAGCGCACAUCGUACUGCUCAGUUA